AUGCUCACUGAAGAAUGCAGUGCUAUGAUCCAAAGAGGUAUCCCACCAAAGCUUAAAGAUCCAGAGAGCUUUGUGGUUUCACACACCAUAGGCAAGAUGACGUUAGAGAAAGCUCUCUGCGAUCUAAGUGCUAGUAUCAACUUGAUGCCCCUCUCAAUGAUGAGAAAGCUUGCCAUACAAGAAAUCAAACCUACCAGGAUGUCAUUGGUGAUGGCCGAUAGAUCAAUCAAGACACCCAAUGGAGUUGUGAAAAAUCUAUUAGUGAAGGUUGGAGAGUUUAUCUUCCCUGCAGACUUUGUGAUCCUAGACACAGAAGAGGAAGGAAACAACUCAAUUAUCCUGGGAAGACCAUUUUUAGCUACAGCAAGAGCUAUUAUCGAUGUAGAAAAGGGAGAAAUGAUCUUUAUGGUGCACAAUGAGCAAAUGGUCAUCAAUGUUUUUAAAUAA